UCCGGCAGAUACCGAUCGGUCUUCCAGGUAGUGUCGAAAUUCCCCAGAGUAUCUCCAGGAUCACCCAAUCACAAACAGGAUGAGAUCGCACAGCCAGAUGCUGCUCCUCCUGGCGCUACUCAGCGUUCAGGUGGCAGUCCACGUUUCCGGCCAGUCACCGGCAGAGGUGCCGCCCCAGGCCACCAUAACCUCCGGCAGCGAAGCCACCCAGGCCCUCGACGACAUCGAGCAGGAAGCAGCCAGGACGAAAGCCAAUGAAAGCACGCAGUUUAUCCGUCCCAGGUUUCCCAGUCAGGAUGAGAUUCUUUCCCAAAUGGGCCCGCCCAUUCAGCCCUUUGCCACAAACCUGCCGGCCCUCGAUGCCUUCUACAUGAUGUUCCCCGCUCUCGGCAGUCUGCUCCGCUGGGGCAGCGUUUUCCCCAUGGGCUCGCUGCUAGGCGCUGUGCCUGAUACUCUGCUCCAGCCCACGGGCGCUGCCUCCAAGGUGGUUCUCGUCCUGGCCGACGAUGCUGCUGCCAAGACCAGGGUACCCCGACAGGAUUCGCCACCGGCGCCCGCUAACCCCCUCGACUGGGCGGCCAAUGUGGGUCAAAUGAUAACCAACAUGCAGGCAAAUCCGCUGCUACCAACACCGUCCUUUGACGCCACCCUAGGCGCCCCGCUACAGAAUCUGCUGCCACUGAAUGGCUUGCCCGGUUUGGGAUUGCUCGGCCAGGCAGCUCCCGCUCCAGCGGCUCCUGCAGAUCCUCCAGCAACACCUGCACCUGUUGAGGAUACCCCAGCUCGUGCUGCAGCUCCUCCCGCAUUCCCGGGAUUGCCUAACUUGCCUAGCUUUGAUCCAGCUGUUGUGGGACAAAGCAUAACCUCCAUGCUGAGUCAGGCACCGCCCAACUUGCUGUCCCAAUUGCCCCCGAUGCCGCAAAUUCCGCAGCUCCAACAGUUCGCUCAGUUCUUGCCACAGAUCCCCGGACUCUCCCAAGCUCCAGUCGGUCAGGCCUCUGACAUUUCCGAGGUGCGAGUGCGACCAGAGAUUCCCUAUGUUACGGGAACACCUCAGAUGAAGAUCAAGACAGCCCUGGAGAAGGAGCAGGAGAGCAGACGGGAACAGGAACUCUACCAGGAGCAGAACCAAGAGAGAGUGCCUCUAUUGUGGUUCCGUUUGCCUGUCGGACAGGGCAGGGACACCCAGGGCAAGCCCAUCGAGGAUCUUCGAGUGGAAGCUAAGCUGAAGGCCUUCGAGCGCCAGGUGAUUACUGAGCUAAAGAUGCUCCAGCAGAUCGAGCGCAUGGCCAAGGAGAUGAGGACUAGUGCUACCACCGGCGCCGCCGCCCAGUCAUCAGACUACCGGGUCAACUAUCCACUGAACCAUACUCCCGUCCACAAGAUCACCCGGGCGGACAUCGAACAGGCCCUCCGUGACGACUACGUCCGGCGACUGGUGCAGAAGGAGGCGCAGCGGCGUGGCUUCAUCAACCGCAAGACCGGCGGUUUCAAGCGCCAGACAUUCACCGAGGAUAAGAACCUUUCUAAGGAGGAUAUUGUCCAGAUCAUGGCCUACGCCUACCGAAUGGCCAACGAGCAGAUGGCGGAGGCGGAGAAGAGCAAGCAGGACAAGGUAUACGCCGCCUACAGGUCCCCAGCAGAGCGUCAGUGGUCGGAGGAUCAGGCCAAGAAUCAGCCGAUUCAACAGCAGAGGCAGAUGAUCCAGCAGAAUCCCAUGAUGAUGCCACAACAGAGGCAGAUGGGGGAGAUCCCCCAAGCGCCUUCUAUUCUGGGGGAGCAGCAAAGGCAGUGGAGCGAAAGGCAGGCCAACCAGCAGAUGAUCCAGCAGAAUCAGAUGAUCCAGAAGAGUCCCAUGAUGAUGCAGCAGAGGCAGUGGACAGAGGAGCAGGCUAAGCAACAGGCCAUCCAACAGAAUACCAUGAUGAUGCAGCAGCAGAGGCAGUGGACCGAAGAGCAGGCCAAGAUCCAGCAGGAGAGACAGUGGACGGAGGAUCAAGCUAAGCAACAGGCCAUCCUGCAGAAUCCCGCCAUGAUGCAGCAGAGGCAGUGGACGGAGGAUCAUGCAAAGCAACAGCAGGAGGCUAUGAUGCAGCAACAGAGGCAGUGGACAGAGGAGCAGGCUAGGCAACAGACGAUUCCUCAUCAGCAGGCUGCUAUCCAGCAGGGCCCCAUGAUGAUGCAGCGGCAAUGGACAGAAGAGGAAGCCAAGACUCUCCAGGAUCAGCAAACAUUGCAGCAGCGCCAGAUGAGCGAUGAACGACAAUGGGCGGAUGAGAAGGCCAAGGCGCAGCAGCAGCAGGCGAUCCAGAUGGGCCAGGCUCCUAUCCAGAUGGACCAGGGUCCUAUCCUGCAACAGAUGCAUCAGCCCAUGAUGCAGCAGCGCAUGGAACAGCUUCUCACUCACAACCCACCCACGAACAUUGGCCACCCGGAAGAAGACGACGAAGACGCAACCAUGCUGGGCGAGGCGGGUCCCCAGAUGCCGGAGAACGAGGGAACGGCCCGGCAUAAAGUGGACCCCCUGGGACUCGGUGGAAACAAGCGCAAGAAGUCCAAGUCGCGGCGUCCCGCAGUCGUCAACUACUACUACCCAGCCCCGCAGCCCCAGUACCAGGUGCCCCAGUACCAAGUGCCCCAGUACCAGGUGCCUCAAUAUCAGGCUCCCAGUUACGGCACAUCCUAUGGCGGCGGUGGUUACGGAUCCAAUGCCUAUGGAAGUGGAGGCUACGCCGCCAAUUCCUACCAACGGGCGGCCGUGGGCAAUGACGAGGUGGACGACAUGCUCCGCCGACACCAGACCUUGGCCAGGGUAAGUGAGAAGGAGCAGGAGCAGGAGCAGAAGACGACCACCACUAGUAGCACAACCACAUCCACGACGACGACAGUAGCCCCACCGCCUUUGGAGGAGCAGCCUCUGUCGGAGCAACGAAUCCACAAAAGGUUAGCCACUUUCCACAGGUUAAGAGGUAGCAACGCCACUCCCAAGGGAUGCGGCUGUGGUAGGUUGGACUGUCUGUGCGGGAGGAGUUGUCAGUGCGGAGCCCGUGCACCCACAGUCUCGGCUGCUGGCUGCCAGUGCAGGGCCGGUAGCCGAAGGAGUCGCCGGAGCGCCGAAUACGGUACUCUGGAGACCAUCGAUGAGGGAUCCCUCAACGAGCUGCGCCGGGAGUACAAGAUGGGCCUCAAGGAGAUCACUCUGAGUCCCGACGAGGAUCCGGCCGAGGCCCUGAUGCGCUACAAUGCGGCCUCCAUUCGGGAGGCAUUGGAACGGGCCAGCCAGGUGCCGUUGGAGAUUGGAGGCGAUGAGUACGCCGAUGGAAUGACGCAGGAGCAUCAGCCUGAGGUUGCCGGUGAGCCCGUUCAGGAGGAAGAGCAGCAGUAUCAAGCACAGUACAACCAUCAGGAUUUCGUCAGGCUGACAACUGCUGCUCCAGAAACCACAACGGAGGCUCCAGCCACCACCACUGAGUCUACAGCUCCGGCUGAGAGCACCACCAAUGCCCCUGUGGCGCCGGAGGAGCAGGAAAUGCAGCAGGAUUCACCUGUCGCAGGCUUCGAACCCACUAACACGAUGACCAAGGACGAGGAAAUCCACAGCCUGCACGAGGUAGUUCUCAACCUUAAGCAGGAGUUCAUCCGGCUGAGGGACCGGUGUCAACUUAAAUCCAAUCUGGCGGUCGAUGAUGAGGAAAAAAAGCCAUCAAAGGAGUUGGAGGAGGAAAAGACAAAGGAAGAGGCAGCCAAGAAGGAGGAAAAACAGGAGGAGGAAGCAAAGAACGAAGUAACCCCACCCGAACCCGAGACAGAGUCGGAAACAGAACCGGAUUCGGAGCCGGAGGAACAAGAAGAGUCCACAAGAGCUGAAACUGAUACUCAAACCCCUUCACCAAAACCCUCCCAGCAGGCCAACGCCAUUGCCAAAGUGGAUGAGAAGAAGGGCACCGCCGAAGCUGUAAGCUAUCUGGAGGAAAACAACUGGCAGCGGAUCCUGGCCAACCGAGGCUACGACACCGAGUACCUAACAAAAGAUCUGGAGGUGGCCAAGGGCCCCACCUACGAGGAGUACUCGCCCUACACGGAUUUCCAGGCGGACGAGGCCACCCAUCCCACCGAUGCCGAUCCCAGCAAGGCCAAGAGGAACGCUGCCCUGGACGGUAAGCAGCAGGCUCAGCUCCUUAAUGCGGCGCUGAACAGCCAAAAGAGUGAUCCCAGCGCCGAAGUCUCCACCACACCUACGCCAUACGCCAUGAGGGGAAAGUUUGUGCGCCGAAGGAGCACCAGGAGGAGCCACCAAGUCCAGCCCAGCGACGAGGGCUGGACGCGCUCUACUCGCCAGGCAAGGCAACCGCCACUUGUACACUCCAAGAAAGUAGUGGCUCCCAAGAAGAAGGUCAGUUCCAAGGGGAAGGUGACUACCCGGGCUAGUGUGAGCACCACCAAGCUGGAUCGUCUGGUGGAUGUGCUCAACGAACUACUGCGCCUCCAGCUCCAAAGGGAGAGGAAGUCGCUUGCAGCAAGCCCAGUCCAGAGCAACAGCCUCUCGAGGGUCGCCAAGAGUCCCAGCAAAGUAAUUAAGAGGAAGAGGCUGCGCCGAAAGCAUCAGUCGGCGCCCAGUUCCGCUACACCGCCAUCUGACAUCGCCGUAGCACCACCAUCCGAUCCCAAUUCCGAGCCCGUGCUGGGCUCCGUAUUCGAGUUCAACGAGGGACUGUUGCAUCCGUUCAUGGGCCUCCUGCCAGUGGAGCGACCCGACGAUCCCUGGCGCCGGAAGCCCUACGAUCCCCAUCGCCCUCUCUACUCGGGGGGCGGAAGCUAUGCCGCCUACUUGAAGGAUGGCCGCCGGCGCAGGGACACCCACAUCAUGGGCCAGGCCACACCCGGACUCCUCACGCCCGGCAUGCUGGAGCGUCUGCUGCGGAUCAAGAUGGAGUUCCAGCGCCGGUUUCCCCACCUCUACAAGGGUAUGCUGAGUCACCACGCUAACCAGACCAGAGUGGAGGUGAAGCCUCCAGUUCUGGGCAGCCCGUCAUCCCCCGAGAGCCUAACUAAAAAGAUAGCGCCCAAGGAGGAGGAACCCAUAUUCGAGCUUGGAGCUGCCGAGCGCAACCUCUUCGAGGACGAGGAGUCAGAUCCCCUGGAGGACGAGCCCGUCCCGGAGCCGGAGGACGAGGAGGAGAAGGAGGACAAGCAGGAGGAGCAGGAAAAGGAGCGGGACGACAACGAUAUUGAUUACUUUAACUUCGGCAAUGACGGUGAUGACUAUUAG